AUGUGCUCGGGGUACCGUCUGACGCGCAUCGUGGUGGACAGCGAGGCGGGCCCCCACAGGAACCACACGGUCGUCUUUCUGGGAUCGGAGAAGGGAAUUAUCCUCAAGUUUCUGGCCAAGAUGAACAGCGGCUUCCUCAACGACAGCCUUUUUCUGGAAGAGCUCAACGUCUACAACCCUGACAAGUGCAGUAUAGAUGGUGUUGAGGACAAACGCAUCGUCGGUAUGCAGAUAGACAGCAAGAGCCACGCGCUGUGGGUUGCCUUCACCUCAUGUGUGGUUAAAGUGCCGCUGUCACGCUGCGAAAAACACGGACGCUGCAAGAAGUCAUGUAUAGCCUCCAGAGAUCCGUACUGCGGUUGGGUGUCAGAGGGAGCUUGCCGGGAGGUGGUUGGCAACGUCAAAUCGGCCUUUGAACAGGACGUGGAGCAUGGCAACACAGAUGGCCUGGGCGACUGCCAAAAUUCCUUCGUGGCGCUGAACGACAAUCCUUCCAGUGACGAAGGCCACCAUCACCAGCACCAUCACUACUCCAUGUCCAUGCCCACCUCGGCCCUACCCGAGGCCGCCGAGGGGCCCCUGGGGCGGGGCCGCAUGGUGGAGAGGAAGGACCCCCCCCUCCUGAGCUCAGACAAAGUAGAGGAGCCGUACUUGGCCGUGCCCUCUCAGACGCAGCCCGAAGCCAAUGGCGUGAUCCGGGAGAGCUAUCAGAAGAGUCGGGACCAGCUGGUGCCUGUCACACUCUUGGCCAUUGCAGUCAUCCUGGCCUUCGCCAUGGGGGCCAUCUUCUCCGGGCUCAUCGUGUACUGUGUGUGCGACCAUCGGCGGAGGGACGUGGACAGCGCAGGGCGGAAGGAGAAAGAGGGCCACCACGCUCACUCCCGCCGUGGCUCCAUGAACAGUGUGACUAAGCUCAGUGGGCUGUUCGAGACCCAGGCCAAGGACGGACGACCGGAGGCCAUCCUCACACCGCUCAUGCACAAUGGCAGGCUGGCGGCCAGCGCCAAGAUGCUGAUCAAGGCGGACCAGCAUCACCUGGACCUGACGGCCCUGCCCACGCCUGAGUCCACGCCCAUGCAGCCACGACGCAAGCUCAGCCGGGGCAGUCGCGAGUGGGAGCGCAACCAGAACCUGAUCAAUGCCUGCACCAAGGACAUGGCAUCCAUGGGCUCCCCUGUGAUCUCUGACCUGCCCCUCAGGGCAUCCCCGGGCCACAUCCCCAGUGUGGUGGUGCUCCCUCUGCCCCAGCACCAGCACCAGCUGCAGUCCCACCUGCAGGCCUACCAGCACGAGUACGUGGAGCAGCCGCACCACAGCGAGCUGGGGAUGGGUCACAUGGACGAGGCAGCCACCCUGGAGUAUAAGACGGUAAAGAACCACGGCCACAACAUGGUGGACGCUGAUGGGAUGCUGCCUCCCCGUGUGCCGCAACGAGAGGCCUCCCUCAGCAUCCCUCCUGCCGUCCCACAGAUGGGCAAACGCCUGGAGGUACACUCUUCAGUGUACGGCCUGAGGAAAGGCUCCGCGUCCUCUGCCUCGGCCUCGUCUGCACUCAAGAAACACAACACCAACUCGUCCAACUCAUCCCAUCUGGCGAGACAUCACAGUUUUAACCGUGUGGAGACUCCGCCUCCUGCUCCCCAGAGGGUGGACUCAAUACAAAUGACAGCACAGGGCAUGUCUCUGAUGUCACGGCAGCCGGGUAUGAGCGCCUAUGGUUCCCUGCCCAGAACAGGCCUCAAAUACCUUAAACCUGACGUCCCUCCCAAACCCUCAGUGGUGUCUCUGUCCACAAAAGUCAAGUCCAGUGACUGCACAUAG